ACUCUCUCUAACUCUCCUUCUCUCUCUUCUCUCUCUCACACACACACACACUAAAAAGGCAUAAGAGAUCUGGGGGUCCUUUUCUCUCUCAUAACAGUCCCAUCAAAUUCUCCGCUAAGUGUUAUUUGCCAUUGCAGGUAAUUUUCCGCCAUUUUUGCUUCUCUUCAUUUAAACCCUCCCUCAAUUCACCAUCUCCUUUCUCCAGUUUUCUCAUUUCUCUGAAUAUACUAUUGCCAGAUCUACGUAUCUCGAUCCUCUUUAGGUGUGGAGAUUAUGGACAACAACAAAGCUGUGGAAGCGGUUAAAGAAGCCAACAUGUCAGCAGAAACUGAAAAGGUGAACAUUUCAUUUGGCUCUCAUAGCGGAGAAGCACCGGUUGAAGGCGAACUGAAUAAGCAGACCGAGCCUGAUGUCCCAAAGGAUGUGGUUGAUGACUGGCCCGAGCCAAAUCUCCCAAAGGAUGCAGUUGAUGAGUGGCCCGCGCCCUCUCAAAUACACUCUUUUUACAUUGUGAAAUACCGAGCAUUGGAAGACCAGAAUCUGAGGGCUAAACUUGACAUGGCAGAGAAUGAUCUGCAGAAAAAGAAUCAGGCCCGUUUUCAGAUUUUCGAAAAAUUGAAGAUUAAAAGGGCUGAACGGGCUCAGAUAAGAACUGAAAUACAUUCUUUAAGCGUCGAGAAUAAACAGUUUAGGACAGCUAUGGACGAAAAGAGAAAAGAAAUGGAACCUCUGCAGCAGGCUCUUGGCAAGAUGAGAGGUCCUUCUGGAGAGAAGGGUUCGGUUCAGUUAUGUUCAUCUGAGGCUGAACUCAACCGCCUCAUCAAAAGUUACGAAUACCGCAUUCAGCAUGAAAGCAUUCCCCUUAGUGAAGAAAAACAGAUCCUCAGGGAAAUCAAACAACUCGAAGCGACUAGGGAUAAGGUUAUCGCAAAUGCUGCUGAGGUGGCUCGGCUUCAAGAUUCCUUGGGUGAAAAGAGUUCGAUUCAAGACCAGGUCAAGUCGAUAGGAGUUGAUCUUGAUGGUGCUCGAAAGGAGAAACAAGUGAUCUUUGCCAAGAUUAAGCAACUAGAUGAAGCAAAAGUGGCAAUAGAGAAAGAUAUAGAUGCUCUAGAAGAAGAAUUGACAGCAAUCACCGAAAAGAGGGACAAGAUAUUCGAUAAUAUCAAUGGAAUGAGGAAACAACGAGAGGAAGGGAAUGCGCCCUUCUACCAAAACCGUACAGUCUUGACACAAGCGAAAGUACUUGCCGCAAAAAAAGAUGUGGAAGCUGUAAAGGAGCUUGCAGCUUCAGAGGUCGAGAAAUUCAUGUCGCUCUGGAAUAGUAAUAAGGCCGUUAGGGAUGACUACGUGAGUAGAAUCUUGCAAUCACUUGACAUGAGGCAGUUGAGUAAAGAUGGUCGAAUGAGGAAUAUAGACGAGAAGCCAUUGUUGCAAGUUGAGAAAUCUGUUCCAUCCGCAACUGCGGUGGUUAAACCGAUCCCAAAACAAACCCCCAAGGAAGAUUCCAUUCCCACCGCUGAAGGUGGUGUUUCUUCCGACCAGAAAGCUGCGAAACCAAAGAGUGUUAAAAACGAAGGAAACGGCAAAACAGAUAACUUGGAGAAAGUUGACGAGGAGGCUUUUUUUGUCGAGAAACUGCCAAAGGUAAAGAAAGAUGAAGUUGAUGAGAAGAAGUUGAAAGAGCUGAAGAGACAAGAAGAGAUAGCUAAGCGUAAUCAAGCAGAGGAGAGGAAGAAGAAAAUGGCUGAGAAAGCAGCUGCUAAAGCAGCAAUUAAAGCUCAGAAAGAAGCUGAAAAGAAGAUCAAGGAGCGUGAGAAGAAAGCUAGGAAGAAGAGUGGAGCAGCUGCGGAAUCUGAAGAACCAACUGAGAGUGUUACAGAAGUUGCUGAGCUGGAAAAUGUGGAGGAAAAAAUCGAAACUCCGGUCCCACAAAAGAAUAAGGAUCGUAAAGAACAAACGGUGAAGCAAAGAGUACGAUCUAGAGGUUUGGAUUCACUCCCUAAAGCUAUACUUAAACGAAAGAAGGCAACGAACUACUGGUUGUGGGCUGGGUCUUCUGCCUUUGCCAUUUUCGUGCUUGUUGUUGUUGGCUAUAGCUAUUUAUCUUAGUCGAGGCAAAUCCGCUUUGUGUUGAAUCGAAGAACUAAAACUCUUUUUGAUGAUGAUGAGAAACUUUUUUAUAUUAGCAAGAACCAUUUUUUUUUUUUUAAUUUAAUUGUUUUUUUUUUUGCCUCCUCUGUUUUCUGCUUCGAGCAACUGCUCGAGUUAAAGCAUCGAAACUGUUGGUAGAAUACUUUGGCUUGAUAUAUUUUCAAUUUUGACUCUGAAUAUUUUCUGCACCCUCGACUCUAUGUAUUCGAUGUUUGAAUGAUGUCGAAGUCGAGUUUAUGUGUAUUUAUUUAUAUUUAUAAUUGUAUUCGGCACCA